AUAAGACUAUAAUCUAUAAGUUCUAAUAUAUCCUUCACUCCAUCUUCUACUUUGCCAUGGUUUUUGGGUCUCCAAUGUCGCUUCAACCUUUUCUCACACUCCCACUUCCAGUCUCCUCAUCCCUUUCACUCCACUCCACAUCGUCAUCUACCCAUUUCCCAAAACCCAUUCUCCGCCCAUUUUUCUCCCUUAUCCGUCCUAAACCUAUCUCCGCCGCCGGAAAUUCAUACCCAUCUCCAUCUUCCGACGACCCUCCAGAAGCUCCCGAAGAUACUGCUCAUGGUGUCUCCAAAUUCCGUCAAAUUCAGCGCCAAGCUUCUCGUGCCCGCAAACUAGAGGAAGAGGAUUUUCUCAAGAAUCGUUCUGUUUUUCUCGACGCUAUUAAAGACGUUGAAGAUGCUCCUGAUAACGAGGAGUACUCUACGGAUGUCAAGAAUUCUGGGGAUGAUUUGUUUGGGGAAAUCGAUAAGGCAAUUGCUCAAAAGAGGAAGGAUUUUGUCAAGCAAGGAUUGUUGAAACCAAACCCACCAAAGAAAAGUGGAGUAGAAGUUGAGGAAGAGGAAGAAAUUGACAUUUUGGAGCCUGAAGAGGUUGUUGAUUUGGAGGAGAUUGAUGAAUUGCGAGGUUUAAAAGUUGUAGAUGAAGGAGAACGAGAAGGAGAAGAAGAAGGAACAGAUGGGGACGAUUAUAACUAUAAUGGUGAUGAGGUAAGUGAAAUUAGUAAGAACAGUUCAAAUUUGUUUGAUGAUUUUAAUUUUGAUAGUUUUGGUAAUAAUAAUAAGGUUAGAAUUGUGGAACCCAAAUUUAAAAUGACUUUAGCUGAGCUUUUAGAUGAAUGUAAGGUAGUUCCAAUUUCAGUUUAUGGUGAUUUAGAAAUUGAAAUUUCUGGAAUUGAGCAUGAUUCUAGGUUAGUUAAUGCUGGUGAUUUGUUUGUAUGUUGUGUUGGAAAUGAAAAUGAAACUGAAAUUGAAACUGAAAAUGAUGGGCAUUUGUAUUUGAAUGAGGCUGAUAAAAGGGGUGCUGUUGCUGUUGUUGCUAGUAAAGAGAUUGAUAUUCAGGAGACCUUAGGUUGUAAGGCAUUGGUGCUUGUAGAGGAUACUUAUGCUGCCCUUCCUGCUUUAGCUGCAGCUUUUUUUAGGAGCCCGACUAAGAAUAUGUCGGUAAUAGGGAUAACGGGUACUCAUGGCAAAACUACGACUUCGUUUUUGAUUAAGAGUAUGUACGAAGCUAUGGGGUUGAGGACUGGGUUGAUGAGUUCGGUUGCGUAUUAUGUUCAUGGUGAUAAUAAGUUGGAGUCUCCGGAAGGGAAUCCGGAUGCUGUUUUGGUGCAGAAGUUGAUGGCGAAGAUGCUUCAUAAUGGGACUGAAGCGGUUGUUAUGGAGGCCUCUUCGAAGGAGUUGGCUCAGGGGCGGUGUGAGGAAGUUGAUUUUGAUAUUGCAGUUUUUACUAAUUUGUCUAGGGAUCAUUCAGAUUUUCAAGGGUCCGAAGAAGAAUAUAGACUUGCUCAGGCUAAAUUGUUUUCUAGAAUGGUUGAUCGGGACAGACAGCGGAAGAUUGUUAACAUCGAUGAUGAGAAUGCACCCUUCUUCAUAGCUCAAGGGAACCCGGAUGUUCCUGUUUUAACCUUUUCACUUGAGAAUAAGGAUGCCGAUGUUCAUCCUUUGAAGUUUGAACUAUCUCUCUUUGAGACCACAAUUUUGGUCAAUACUCCUCAGGGCAUAUUGGAAAUAUCAUCGGGAUUGUUGGGAAGACAUAACAUUUACAAUAUCCUUGCAGCUGUUGCUGUAGGGAUUGCAGUUGGUGCCCCGUUGGAAGAUAUCGUGAGGGGUAUUGAAGAAGUUGACGCUGUCCCAGGGAGGUGUGAGUUGAUAGAUGAAGAGCAGGCGUUUGGGGUGAUUGUGGAUCAUGCCCGUACCCCCGAUGCAUUGUCUAGACUUCUUGAUUCAGUUAGGGAGCUUAAACCGCGGAGGAUAAUCACUGUUAUCGGCUCUUGUGGUGAUAACGAGAGAGGAAAGAGACCCAUGCUGACUAAGAUAGCAACUGAUAAAAGUGAUGUAACUAUGUUGACAUCAGACAAUCCAGGAAGUGAAGAUCCAUUGGACAUAUUGGAUGACAUGUUGGCUGGAGUUGGAUGGACAAUGCAAGAUUACCUGAAACACGGGGAGAACGAUUAUUAUCCUCCUCUUCCAAAUGGUCACAGGCUUUUCCUUCAUGAUAUUAGACGCGUAGCUGUUCGCUGUGCUGUUGCUAUGGGUGAGGAAGGUGACAUGGUGGUAGUUGCUGGGAAGGGUCAUGAGGCAUAUCAGAUUGAAGGUGAAAAAAGCGAAUUCUUUGAUGAUAGGGAGGAGUGCAGGGAAGCACUACAGUAUGUUGAUGAGCUUCAUCAAGCCGGAAUAGACACCAGUGAAUUCCCAUGGCGGUUGCCCGAGAGUCAUUGAUAUAUGUACGUAUUAUAUCAGACUAGGAGGCUAAGAAGAGAAAAUCAAACUUAUUGCACUCAUCGAUCGUGCUCGGAAAAGACCCAUUGACUAAAGGAACUUAUAUGCUGUCAAUGAUAUGUUUCACGUCAAUAUCUUGAACGUUUGAAGUUGAAAUGCGGCAUGCUUCGAUAAUAGUUCUGACCUUUUUUUAAGCUAAUUGAAGCUCCAAUGUGGAUAUAUCUAAGGGUGCGGAUUGUUGCUUAUACUCGGACAAUUACUUCGCAUUAGCCCAACAGUUAGGCUUUUCGUCUAUCUGCUAACACUUAGGCCGUAGUUUUGAAAAUCAAAUUUUGUAACAAGAUGACGAUGCAGUGUAGGUGUAUAUUACAGUUUUGGCGUUGGUAAUGUUUCAAAGGGAAAAUUAUGUGAUAACAUGACCAAUAUAGUUUCUCUAAACGAGAAAAAGUCUCGUAGAUGCUUUCACUUGUAUCGAUUACAGCAGCUACGAUUGUGAUUCUGUGUUAGAGCAAGUAAAAGAAAAUCCAUCAAUCUGAUAUCAUCAGUCGGGUCUGCGAGAUCAUCAACACUAACAAGCUCUGUUGACGUAGCCAUGAAGAUGGUUAAAUCGUUGAACCUCUAUAUUCUCCUGUACUAUCUCUUAUAUCAGUUGAUCAUAUGUUAGAUUGAUUAAAAAAUGAGGGUUUUCUCUUUUCGAUUUCUCUUUUCGAUUUUGUACGAAAUUUCUGAAUGAGUAAUGUUCUUAACUUGUAUUGUUUCGUUUCA